AUGUCACUGUGGACACUGCUUGAUACAAUUCGUCGGCAUCAGCAUGUAUAUCCUCAAAUAGACAUAAAAUAUGACCCAGAUGCCUCAGCGACAACCCCCAUUAUCGUUCAUAUCCGCCCACACAUUGACCUUUUGUUCUCAGGAAAACACCAACGUUUGCACACAAUAUGCAUUCGUAAACUCAGAGAUCCAAACCCCCCUGUUACUGUGCAAUACAAUGACACAAUUCUUUCAUCUCCGGAGGAAGUACUCCGACGAGUUACGGUCGGCAAGAUUUUCGGACCAACUUAUCCCGGAGACGAACUGCGGUACCCUGGAAUUUGGUUUAGCUUCGACGAUGACAGAAUAACAGAGGGCUUGAAGAUAAAUCAAGCUGGAGAUCGCAUGCAGGAAGUCAAGCGAAUCGUAAUAUCUCAAAUUCUCCCUGAAGGAAAGGAUGGAGAUGCCCUUGACGAAGUAAACGAGUGCGCCUCAAUGACCGGAGAGCUUCAAAGAGCUGUUGUAAAGGUUCAUGAUGGUGUUACUCUCUAUUUCCAUCCUAUAGCCACCACGACACCGUUGCAUAUUCGUCUCGGAGAAACCACUUCUCAAGACCUUAUGCUUGACCUAGGUCCUCCUCUGAGGUUCCAUUAUAGGGAUGACGAAAGGUUGAAGAUUCAUGCUGCUGCAUCCAAGAUUCACUCGGACACCGGCACUGGCUACUUUUACAAUUAUUUCCAGCAUGGAAUAGACUUCCUAUUAUCCGAGACGUCCCACGUUGUAAAGAAAAUAAUUCUCCACAGUAACGUGCCAGGUUCGCCCACGUUUCAGAGGUACAAAAGAUGUAACUGGGAAAUAGAGGGUAUGCCAGAGGAUGAUGAAGACGACACUCCCCCACGGAAGCGCUUCUUUGAUCGCUUCGAAACCAUCAGUCAUUUUCUCAGUCCCCGAGAGCCACCUCCAUCAAUGUCUUUGGACAGGACUGCCGAUGAAGAACAUUUAAUUCUUCCACAUUCAACAACCCAUUUGCAUGGUUAUGACGGCGUCAUUCUGGAAGCAACUGAUUCAUCGCAAGUCGUAUCUGUAAUAUUAUUUUGA